AUGCCCAUGUCACAGACCNNACAAACACCCGCCUACACUCUUUUCGCCACACACACAGCAUCAGCAGACGCCGUGUCUCGCGGCAAAGCUCCCGACUUCACUGGCAUCCUACUCACACUCAUCCGCCUGGAGCGCCAACAAACCGACCUUGUCAUUUCCGUCAACGUCCCUCACGUAGAUGGUGAAUACAACAAAGACGACGUUGACCCAUCAGCCGGAAAGCAGGGACCAAUGCUAGAUGCCGCAACAUCGUUCCGCGACCGCAUCUUGCAGACUCUCGAAAUCAAGGAUUGGGAUUUGUUUGUUCAGGAAUGA